AUGGCGGCUAAGGCGCUGCUGAAUGGCACGGAGUUUGAUCGUGGAGAUGUGUUUAAUGGGAGCAACCUUAUAUCUGGAUUGCCGCUUGCAUCUACUCUCAUGACGAGGACGUCGGAGUCUACUGACUCUGCGGAAACACUUAUUUCAUCUGCUUUGGAUAAGACCUCUCUGUCUACUGUCGCCGAAAAAACCACCAUUUCCACUGUCCUGACGAAAACGCUCGGUUCCACUACUUUGACCACAACCCUCGUAUCCACUACCCUGGUGAAAACGCGUGUAUCCACCACUACGACGGAAGAAGGUGUACCUACCAUCAUGACAGAAACACAAGAAGGUAUCAUCGGAUUCACCCCGGAACCCCAAAGCAGUGGCAGCUGGGACGCCGAAGGCGUCUUAGGCCCCAAACCCACACCUAAACCAUCACGAGUCCCAGCCCCCAAACCCGCCGCUCCGCCAGCCCCGCAGAUCCCCAUCCUCGCCCUCACAUACUCCGGCUCCGGUGGCCCCAAACACUGCCGCGGCAAACUCCUCAAAAAGUCAUACUUCCCGCCUCCUUUGGAAAGAUGGAAAAACGGAACUUGCAUCAACCUGCCCAGCGAAGCGCGCUGCGGCGUUUUUUUCUCGAACAAAGGGGAUAAUUGCGAAGCGGCACUUUUUAAUGAGGGGGAUUGCUUGAAUACUACUAGCACGUAUAUCAAUACUGUUGUUUUUAUGCCGGAAGAGAGGGCGGUGGGUGCGCUUUGGAAGAGUAUGUGGGUGCGGUGUGGGGUUGAGGUGCCGGAAACUAAGAUGUUGGAUCCGAGCAUUCUUGGGGGAGCGCUGAAGAAACCGGGUGGCCAUGGCUGA